AUGACGCUGGGAGAAGCUUCGAGGUCGUCCAUGCAUGUGACUGCUCACUCGGCCAACAUGCGCUGCUGCAGGCCCAUGAGAGUGAUGUGUGUGCAUGGCUGGCGGACCAGCCCUUCUAUCAUGGAGUUCCAGACUGCCGAGCUACGGAAGCGCUUGCCAGGGCUAGAGUUUCACUUCAUGGCCGGCCACAUGAAGGAGAGUGAAGCUUGCGACCCAACCAUCGCCACGCUCUUCGAGGGCCCAUACUAUGCUCACUGGGGGUUACACCAGAGCGAAUCUGAACAAACAGCCAACAUCAAGAAAGCAGUCCAUGACGCGCUGGAGUUCAUCAAGAAGAAUGGACCUUUCCAAUGUGUGAUUGGCUUCUCACAGGUGAAGUAUGAGGACUGA